UGGAAAGCCUACCGUAACCUUCUGAAAUAAACCAAAACCAAAUACUAUCAUAGUUGUAUUUUGAUGAUUAGGAAAUGAUGAACCCUCGAGCAGACAAGUUGGUGAGGAGGACUACCAUGGUGGCUACUGCUACUGCUUCCUACUUCCUCUUAACCGCUGACUAUGGCCCCGAACCCAAUGUUCUCGACCCAAUCAAGAAGGCCAUACUAUCAGCACAAAGUUCUCUGAAAGAGUUUAUCCUUGGGUCAAGGAAAGAACAUCAAGAAAGUUCUGUGAGUUCCAGCAAUGCAAAAGAGCACCCAUAGUCAAUACUCCAUUCCAUAGGACACUGAAGGAAGCAGUUAUGAGUUUUUAAGGUUUUUCUGGUCAUUGACAUUGUGAAUACACGAAAAAUGUAAUGAGAACGAGACCAAGCUUCCUUUGGAAUCGUGUACAUACAUACAGAGAGCUUUUGAAGCAAGAAUUUCGAUGCCAGUCCCUCAUUAUUUUUCUUCCUUAA